UUAAAAAGUCGCCACAUACCAAAGGUUUAACUAUUUUGUUAUCUCCCUCAAAACUUAAGUUCAUUGUUGCAAAACAAUUCCUUUGAUAAGUAUCCCUGGAAGUGUCCCUUUAUGGUCACAAGUAUAAAUAACUAAACAACUGGGAACAGUGCAUCAGUCACCAAUAGUGUCCUCAAGGAACAACAGGACCAAGAUGAUCCGAAUCAUUCUAUUAUUAGCUGUCGUUACCACAUCCUUGGCUGCAGACCUGUCACAUGUAGACAAGCAGUUUCAAGGAGAUUCUUUAACCGAAGGCGUCGUAACGCACGAGGUAUUCAAGAAACAAAACGAACCAGAACACGAUCACCCUGUAUUCAGAGGUGAGGAGAAGAAUGAGGGUAGAGCGAGAGUAGAGCCAGUGAGACCUAGGACACCUUAUGCUAAACAUGACAUGCUAGCUGAUGAACCAAUGCAAGCACUGCCUACUGAAGUUGAUAAGAUGGAUGCCCAACAGCCAAAUUAUGGAUACUCUCAUCCAGUGGAGGUCGCCUUCCCGGAUGUUCCGUAUGCGCCAAGCUACGGAUAUGGACCCAGUUACGCUCCUCCUAGCAGCUAUGACGUGUACGCCAAUAGUCCCAGUGAUUACUUCUUGGAACCAGAUACUUCUGCUUUUGGGCUUCUCUGGAGUCAGGUGCCUGAUGCGAGGACCAUGGUCAACUAUGCCGGAAGAACCAUAGGAUGGAUUCUAAACAGUUUUAUCAUAAUCAUCUUUGGCUCCUUCCUGACCGUAGGGUUCUGUACCUACACGGACCUCUGCAGUAUCAAAUUCAACGGCAUCGGGCCAAUCCAUGAAGAAAUGAGAUCCUUAAUGUCCCCAGAAAAGCUGGAGAAAAUUGGCCAUGCUGCUGAAUUCGUGAAGAGCGCUAUCGACAAAUAUCAGAAAAUCCAAAAGGUACAUUCACCUAAUAAUAGACUACGACGUGCCAUAACAAAGAAUUAAGUUAGUAAAUCAGAUUUAUAUAACGGUAGUAAAAUAUUAGU